AUGUCUCACAUGUCUGUAGGUGUCACGAGUAAAGGCAAGGAUCGCAAAGAAUACAAGCUUCAACGACCUUCGCGAUCAAGCUCGAGCUCGAGCUCCGACUCUGGUCAUGGCAAGUCUGGCUUGAUUGGGACCGCUAUUGGUGCAGGUCUUGCGGCAGCCGCCUUGGGGGCUACCUCAUCCAAGAAGCGUCACGGCCGCUCCAGGUCACCCAAAAAGGUCCAAGUGCUGCACAACCGCAGAGAAAGCAAUGAUGAGGAGCGAAUGAGAAGAUCCCAAGAACUUCGCCGCAUGGCCUCUCGAACCUCGAGCUCUGGAGCGUCUGUUAUUGAGAUUGGCCAGCACCACCAAUACGAAGGCGGCUUUUUCCAAGGCUUCUUUGCAGCUCCUCCUCCAAAAGAGAAGCCUGUAAAGUCACCCAGUCUCAAGAAAAAGAAGAAGGGCUUCUUCAACUUUGCCAAUGCCUCUACAUCUUCAUCUGACUCGGAAAUGGCCUUUGGCACUGGCUAUGUGAGGAGACGCAGACGAUCGUCGCACACCAGGCGUCAGUCACCUAGCAGACGUCAGUCACCCAGCAGGCGCCAGUCACCUAGCCGGCCCCCGGUAUCUAGCCGGCCCCCGUCAACCAGGAGGCGCGACUCGGAUGAGCGACUCAAGGCUUCUCUCAUUGGUCUUGGCGCCACUGCGGCUGCAAUCACAGCAGCAAAGGCUGGCAAGAGGAAGCAAAGCCGAGAGACACUCGUCACCAAGGAGAACCGCCACAGCCGUAAGACGAGCCAAGCGUCCGGGCAGGGUUCGCUUUACGGGGAUGAUGAGUGGGAAGACCUGCCUGAUGACGGUGCUUCUCAAGUUUCAAGCGAUGGUGGUCUCGCAUACGGUGACUACGGGUUGAAAAAGUCCAAGAGCAAUGAUUCUCUUGGGUCCAACGACUCGGGUACCAACAAAUGGGGCUGGCGUUGGGGCUUUAGCAAGAAGAAGAGAAGGCCGUCUAACAACCUCUAUGACAACAUUGCCGAAACUUCGCUCAUCGGACCCGCCGCAGCAGGCGCAGCAGGCGCUGCAGGUGCUGCGGCAGGCACAGCUGUUGGAUCUGCCCACCGCCGUCACGACAGCGAGGCCGUAACUGUAGCUCUUGCGAUCGAGUGA